AUGCCUCUCUCCUCGCCUACCAUAUCCCACUCCCCUGACUGCGCGGACAUCCUUGAGUCCAUCACGGGCGCCCAUCGUUCCCCGCAGAGUCCAGCUACCUCUGACUUCUCAGGCCACGACUACAGCUUCGAUACCGCUCGCCUCUCCACGAGCUCACAGCCUACAAGUGUCGAGGACGAGCACGACAUCGAAGCUGAGGACAAGCACACCGCUGAAGCCGAGAACGAACGCUAUCAAGCGCACAUCAAACACUGGCCAUUUGCCGAGCAGAUUUUUGGGCAUUUGCUCAGGCAGGAGGACUUCCCAGUCCUCCCUGACGCGGUUGUUAGAGUACCCGGAAUCGCAGAGCCAGAGUGGCAGGAUUUGAAGGCGCAGAUACUGGACAAACCAGACAUUCUACGCUACUUUUGGUUUAGAUACGACACUGACAUGGGGACCGUCACCGCGGGGUCAGCUUUAUUCAUGCAUCAAGCAAUCGUCGGCGGCAUAAGGGACGGCGUGUGUGGAGACGUGGUGGAGCCCAUUGUCACCAAACACCCGCUCCAAGGUUCCCUUGCACUGGAAGACGGCGCGAUGCUCAUCGUGCGCAACCACCACAUCGCAGUACCGGAUUUCGUCCAAGCCCGCCUCUUUGAAGUGGAAAGGAAUGGCAUCAAGGUGAACUGCGAUACAUACGGCAUAGUGUUCGAGGGGGCGGGGGCUCAGACACGUGUGGACGUGUUGCGGAAGAUACUAUGGGCUGACCUUGUACAGACCGUCGAUGGGAUGGUUGUCGAGGAGAACGUGCAGUUCAACCUUGGGGCUGAACAGUCCGAUGUCGCGCUCAUGGCACCCGUAGCCCCACCACCAUCUGACAGCCCGCAGGAUGCCGACAUCGACAUGCAGGACACGCCCGUGGAUGGCGCUAGAACGCCUGUGCACGGAGCCGUCUUGGGACGUAAGCUCGAAGGCCUUCGGGUUCGAUCGGAGGCCCCAACAUCCCUUGAACCAGUUGCCGCCGGUGUGGACGACGGCUACGACGCCGAUGCACUGACAUCGUUGCCCAACCUCACCGACACCGCAUCAUCACGUAAAUCCGAUCAAGACAUGAAUGAUGGUCGGUCUUCUUCAGACCCCGUCGACACUUCGGACGUCGCCGAGAACGACGGCAACAUCUCGGAUGGCGAAAUCAACGGCAAACGCCGCCGUGUCACCGACGUAACAUUUGUUGUCGCUGACGUAGAGGAAGGCCCAAGGGUGGCACCCGACGGUAUCAACAUUGACGGCGAUGCAUGGGUGGAGCUGCCGUGUCCGGCAGGUCACAUCUCUGGAGGCUGGGCCAAGAACGGUGUCGUCCACUGCGGACCCAUUGAAGUCUAUUUGUGGUCCUUCCAAGGCGUGGACGACUACCACUACCUCUUGCAGCACUACAUGGAUCCGAUCGAAAAGUGGGUAGAAGACCACCGUUGCGUGAAGCUGCGUAAAACGUAUGCGCCUGGCCUGCAGACCGAACGCCUGCAGACGUUCCCGCCUCGUCAACCAAACCAUCUCAUGCACGUUGGCAAUGCACACUUCGGAGGCGGAGAGCAAGCAGUAUAUCGAAAAAUCACCAACGAGAAGACCAAGCCACAGGUGACCAACCCACCGUUAGGCAACCCGGUGGAGUACAUCCUGCCAUGGGUGACUCGGGCCGCAUGGUUGACGGCCCAGCAGCGCUUCAACAAGGCUUUAGACCAGCCAACCAAGUUCGGGAUUGACGGCUGUGAUGACCACGCCAACGCCAGCAGUCUUGACGACUACAGCGGUGCGAUUGCGUUUGGGCAAGGCGUCAAACGAGGAUUUGAAGACAGGAACGUAGGGGAGCUCGGCCAGUUGCGCAAGAAACGUAACCUGGGGUCUGCAAAGGGGAGCAUGGCACGGCCGCGUACUGAAACGUCCAUCGCAGACGAUACUACGACUGGCACUGCGAGCUCCACCGGCUCGGAUACCUACGGGAGCGUAGGGUGGCAAGAGGAAGAGAGGGACUUGGUCGACCUCUUGUCAAGAACAGCGGAUCUCAGUCCUGCCCUGACGGCCUUACAGCAAAGGCUACAUGCCACUCAAGAACGUCAAGAUCCAGGGUCUCCUGACCAGCAGGAGACUCUGCCAAUCUUCCUUGAAGAUACGCCGGCUUGCACAACGAGCGUCGUUGCCACACACUACCCAGAGGGUAUUUCUUUUGACCAGGAAAUACCUAGUAGUGCUCACCAGAGCGGGCCGCAGAGGCUGCUCAGGUCCUGCCGUACGAAAGCUCGCGAGAUAGCUCAACCGUAUCCGCAAAGUGGAGAAGGCAGCCGUGCAUCCCAUCGACGAUACGCCCUGCGUCCCUCACCGUCCUGUCCACCACCUCUGGCACCGCCCUGUCCACCGCCCUGUGCUCGAGGUGGUGUACCGUUUGUCGAACCCACUGGUAUCACAAACUCUGACGGUACCGCACCAGAGACCCGGGCAGACACGCAACAUUCGGCGGAAUGGAAUACCUUACAGGAACCCGCGCUGGCAAGCGGAGCAGCCGUCAAACGAUUUGUCACGUUGCUGACGACUGACCUCGCUGACAAGGACAUCAUAGACUUGGCCAAAGCCAUUGAGGCGAGCGGCGUGCAGAUGCAGGGAGAGCAGCUACGGGACAAUGAGCCGCUGCACGUCCUCACAUCUCGGUGCUCGACCAGCUUGAAGCUCAAUGCGGUCUCAAGCUUCUGGGUCAUGAUUAAUCUCAUGCGACUCAGUUUCAGGAUCUCAGCCAUGAUCCUGGCAGCGAAAAAGCGCAAGCUCAAACUGAGUGUUGCGGCGAUAUGGCGCGACUCAUUUGACGGCGUCGACGAGCCACCGAAGGUGCGGACAUUCCAAGACUGGAACACAAUGGGUAUAAAGUUCACAAGAUUAGCUGGUGGCGGUUCUCUGUAUCUUCUUGUCCUGGUGGCAGCAAAGAACCUCAGGAUCCCAAUAGGAACGUCAGACGGCCACGUCGCUGAAGACGUAGGUAACCUCAUGCGUUGGCCGAACGACACUCCGGAGGGCCGCAAGGUCGUACACGUUCUCAUUCCCGCACUCGCGCUGCUGCGCAACACCCUUACACUCCGUCUAUCGGACAUCAUACCUGUGAAGCAUAACAGUUUUCUCGGUGACGAUGACUGCAGCAAUAUUGACGCGUCCGACAAGCUGUUUGAUGGGCUUAAAAAGAACGCCUUCUGUCUAGUACCUCGCUGCACGGAGACGUGGAGAGCCUGUUACGACGUUCCAGACAGGCUCUUGAAGGGAGCUUCCACUCAAGGCGGCCACCCUGACGGAACAGACGAUCUGGCUGGGUUAUCACCUCUAACCCAGCCAGAUUCCACGUCUUCCAGUCUGCAUAUCUCGCCCAUGGUUCUCUUCUCCACGCUACCGGAAGAGACCAUGCACCAUCCAUCAAUCCCUGUGCCGGUGAACGCGUACAACCAGCAUCUAGUUCAUACGACGUACAACGCUCAACACCCAGACAACACCAGGUACCCGUUGUCACGAGGCUGCAACAAAGAUAGCUUUGCAUGGACAGAACGGGCUAGAGUCAAAGCCGGCAAAGCGGACGCACCUGCAAGUCUGGAAGAGUUCCAAAGUUUGCUCAGCAAGCUCUAUGUCGACGGGAAGAAAUCCAACGACGAGGUGUACAUCAGGGUGCCUUUAGAAUGUGUUCAAGAUGUCUUGACUGUUCGAGACGCAGACAACAAUCUCAUGGUGUGCAUCUGCACAUCCAUGCCUGCGUCUCUCAAGGUUGACCUCACCUCACAACUCGUCGCCUGCUUCCCCAUCAAUCCCUUCAAGACUCUUGAUACCGCCACGCUCAGUUGCGGUCAGCCCAUUGAAUUCGCCGUGCUGUAUUUCACAUGGUACAACAGACACUGCACCAAGACAACUGACACUUCUCUGGAGGGUCACGAUGCGCCUGUCGAUGUACCGCCUCGAAUGCUCAGUCGAGCGAACUGUUCUAGAACUAACUACGCUCAAAUGCUACCCUACCCAUCGAAGGACAUCGAGGAGCACAGGCCGAUAUACGACGCUCUGAAGACGAUUCUGAACAACGCAUUCUGCUGGAUCGAAGAGACUGUCCGGAGAAUAUUACCCGAAGAAUAUUCAUACUUAGAUGCUACAGCUAGCAUUCUGCCGGAUCACCAUACCUCCCCUGUCCACCCGUUCCUGUCGUACCGCUUCAACACGCUCACCUAUGUAUUUUCCCCUCGUAUCGCUUUACUCAUUACAAUCUACACUACCGCGGCCAACGCGCAUCUGUCGUUUACACUCGAUCUUGAAAUGGCCAAGUGGAAGGAGGGGACUUUAAUGGGUGGGCAGCUAAUACGAAUUUCUGCUAAUACUGUAUUACAUUUCUACGGUUCACUGACUUUGGUCGGACAUGUCAGCCUUGGGGCACGCACGCCGCACUCGCGGGAACCGGAGAGUUCGCUUGAGCAUCGCACCAUGUCCUCUAGCCCACGCGCUACUCGAUCCACUGCCAGGAAGCAGGAAGAACUGGAUAGUGGGCCGACACAAGGGCUGGCAAGUCGCGGGAUCAGAACAAGGAAGAAGUCCGACAGGGGCAGGCGAAGGCGACGGCGGCGAAGGGUGGUCACGACGCAGCAGAAGCAGCUGGAUGAGCUGCUGAAACGCAAGGCGGCGUUGCAGAAGGAGCAGGACGAUGAGCGCGGGAAGGUACGUGCACCGCAGUGUGAGACCCUGUGCGAGAGUUACAUCCCAGCUCGCACAGACACUCGCAAGCGUGCGGCCGCUUUGGCCAUCGAAGAGCAAGCUUCCGAGGAGGAAGAUCGCAGCCCUGCGCAAGAAGAAAAGGUGCCAACCGGCUUCCGGGUCGGACAUGACACGAUCCGAUGCGGAAUGGGAAGCAAAGGUGAGGAGCCGGUCAGGGCGACCGAGGAGCAGGAGCACAAUGGGACAUCGCAAUGGAGCAGCCUGCGCCUGCUCCAUCUCGUCAUGUGUGCAGACGGCAACAGAAAUAGAAAGAAGUCGACAGCGUCCUCGAAGGGCAAGGCACGAGCUCAAACAGGAUUCGUCGACGAUGGUGAGAUCGGAUGCCACACAGUCAAACGGCUCGGAGGCUGGAGCGAUGACGGAGAAGGAUGCGCGCGACUCCGUCGACAAGGAUGGCAAGAAGAUGGUGACGGUGCGUGCCGCUAUAGAUGCAAGGAUGGUGACGGUCUGGACGAUCGUGUCGCAGCUUCGCAACGAGGUGAAAGAAAGGCGAAGGUUAUUGUCGAGCAUGCAUACGGCUUGAACGUCGUGCAGGGUCACAAGCGGACUCAACUUGCGAACUGGCUGCUGACGACGCACGUCAUGAAGGUGAGGGGUGGCAAGCGAAGCAUCCCUAACUUUGUGUUUGGGGAGAUGCAGGUCAUUUGGGACAACAAGAAUACCAUCAGCAAGAAAUCACAUGUCAAGGCCGAGGUACCAUUCCGACACCCUGCAAUCGCCGAGAUCAUCGCGCAGCAGUGGUUCGUGGGCCAUGCCAAGUCGACCACCCCGACGGAGGAGUUCAGUGAGGUCCCGGACAACCUAAUCGCAUUGGUGUGCAACUCCAUUGAGCUUGGCUUGAGGGAAGUCGCUGCGAACGCAGCGGUGUCAUUCUCGAACAAGCUGUUCGCACCCAAAUGGGAUGACCUCAUGUCGAUCCUCGAGGCGAUGGAACAGAACGCGCCGGACUAUUACACGGCGACCAAGAGGCUGCUGUGGGAGGGCAUCAAGGGAAGAGCAGAGAGCGGCGUCGGUAUCGACACGGUGGACAGCGAGGACGACGACGAUACGUUUGUCAACUGGUCGAAGCUGCAGACCGUCGCACUUGAAGAUGACCGCGCGGAUCAAGACGAUGCUGGGGCGUCCGGUAGCGGUGCCAAGACGAAACCUGUGGUGCAACCGAAGCCUUCGUCUGGUGGCACAUUGAAGAAGACGGCCGGGCGCACUAAGCCGUCCUCUACGUCAGCAGCUCCUGCGACGAGAAGUGCGCCGAGCUCACCAUCUAGGCCGAAGACUGGUUCCUCAAAAGGCAAAGCUGUUGGCGCAGCCGCAGAGCCAGAAGCAGAUGCGGCUUCAGACGGCAAUGCCAUCGAGGAGCAGGCCGAGCAUGACAGAGGCACACCAGCAGCUGAAGAGCACGACCAGUUGGACAACACUGAGGGAGGAGAUGCCUGA